AUGAGACUUGAUAAUAAUGAUGAAAUAGAUUUAGAAAUUUUCAAUAUCUAUCAUCCUCAUAUUGAAGAUACAUUUAAUGAAAGUUUAAUACAUAUUCAACCACAAUCAAUUAUUCCAGUUUCCAUAGGACGAGAAAUUCAAGCAAAAACAGAAUUAAUUGAUGCUCUUUUAUUAAAACAUAUUCGAAAUUCAUUAGAAAAUUAUGAAUAUAAUAAUGAUAUCAUACGAUAUUUAUGCGAAACAAUUUUAACUAUUACAAGUGAAAAUGCAAUAAACAUACAAUUACUUAAUAAUUCCUAUUCACCAAAUAUACAAAUAUCAAUUGAAAUUUUUAAGGAAUAUAUACUUCAUAGUGAAAUCAAAUCAUUAUUUUAUCAUUUAUUAUUACAUGCACAUGUAACUGAAGAACAACUUGAACAAUUUAUGUUAUCUAUUUGUCAAUUAGCACGUCAAUUAUCUAAUAUUGAAUAA